GCAGAACGCACGAGCCUCGUGUAGCGGGGAAUAUCGAGCAAAUGCAUCAUCGCAUCAAGAGUGUUUUCUUCAUGCCAUAUUCAGAGGUAACAUGUGCCGCCUAACACGGUCAGGGCUGUGCAACUCUUUUGGCAUCUUUGAUCCAGAUCAAGCACACCGGGACGACGAUGCUGGCGAACGGGCCCAGGCACUGCCGCGACAAAUACACACACGGGCGGAAGCAGAUCCAGGGCACCGACCACCACCCUCUUCAUCGACUCUGAUGGGAGAGGUUAUAGGUGAAGGGAGAUGUGUGUCGAUCGAAUGUUGCUUCCCGCAUGUUCGUCCAGCCAGCGCAGUCAUGUUUGCCUGCACAAAUAUAACGGGCAAUUUAUAGGAGUACAAGAAAGGAUCGUUACUUCAGUGGAACGUAAUAAGAGAGGCAGCAGGAUCCACGAGGCCUUCGACCCGAGGAAUCGAUGUGAGAUGGCAGCGGUGCCCAUGCAGAUACGUGGUGUACCAUUGCAGCUGGCGCCAGCUUCGCUAUGGGCGCGACUGCGUGUGGUGGAUAGGUCAGCCAGAGACUGCACCGUCCCGACGACGUCUUCUUCCGCCCGUCGAUGGACUGAUCAAUAUCGUGAUCAUUUGUUCUCGCGCCUCUGCUGGCCGCAAUCGUAUCACAAUCGGGGAUUCAAACGUACACAAACGGGAAACAAACCCACGGCUUUUGCAUGAACAGGUUGUAUGACAAACUCGCGUGCCGUGUGAGGAUGAUGGCUGCAGAGCACGGAGAGGUCUACUGAAGUCGAAUACAGUCGAACAUCGAACGGGCCCAGCCACUAGUACAGACCGGGAGUCUUGCGAGGCUUCGGUGUGACCACUUUGCAACUUUGAACUGUCCGUUGUGAUAUGUUCCUGAAAUACGGAUAUUGGCCGCUGCUUGUAGAUGCCAUCGAGAAUGGCUUAGCGUAAGGAUAGAGCGGCAACCAUGUGUCCCUAUCCUGAACUAGUAUCGUUCGUGGAGAAUUAUUCCGCCGUGCCGCAAGCUGCCAGCACAGCCAGAGUCUCGUCAAUUUGGACGUUGGCAAUUCUCAACACUUCAUCCAUGAGAACAGUGUCCAGGAAUCAGCAUCUCUACCCCGCAAGGUAAUGAUCCGAGGAGCCAGAAACUACGUUGAACUAUGAAGCCUCCGAUUCCAAUUCCGUAUCACCAUUUCUGCCUCCAAGGAGCUUUCUUCUGAGCUGAAUUUACAGCGAUAUCGGGACCGCACUUGGACAUAGCCCACCAAUCCCUUUCGCUCCUAGAUACGAGUGGCUCUGUACUCCAUGUCAAUUGACACGAUACGUGACAACAGGCCCAAUCGGCGGGGCAGGAGCCAGCCAAGUCAUUCAGCAGACUCUCACGACAUAACGUACUAUCACAAAAAGCCAAACUUUUUUCAUUGCUUUUCUAUCUCAUCUCUCGGUGCAUAUCUUCAUCCCCUGCAAAGCAUCAAUUGGUAGGCUGGUUGGGUAUAGGAGCUCCCUAAAGUUCCUGCUGCGACCCCUUUGGCUGCCUCGACCUGUCAGCUGAGACAGGUCGGCGGUAAGACACGGAUGGUUGGCGGCAAGAACGAGUCCUGGAUGGGGGAAGCUGGUCGGGCUCAACAGCUUGCUCACGGUGCACCGCGGCCAUGUCUCUCAGCAUGCGUGUUGCCUUGAGCACUUGACACUCAACUCUGGACUUCUGGUACACGCAAGCUGCACAUUCCGCCAAACUCUCAACACCCGAUCCUCUCCACCCUGUCCUGUAACACGAGAUCAUUUGACCUCCGGGGCGCCGAUGGGCUGUGGUCUCCGGAUAGUGCGUGCGGCAGCUCAUUUCGACGGACUCAAGAUUUGACUGGACUUUCCUGACUGUUAUCGCUCAGUGCCUGUGGGAAUGACCAGCGUGGUCAUGGUCUUCGUCAUCGGGAACCAACUCGGGCCAGUCCUCGAAUCCAUCUAUCAAGAAAAGUCAGUAUGAUUUCACGACCUUCCGUAAGUCAGCUGUCGCAUACCUUCGAAAACCUUGGCCAGCUUGUCGUGGACCACUUCCAUGUCUUUGCUCGACUUCAUGAUGCGUUCCCACUUUUUCAUCUCUUUAUCGUUCAGCAGGCACUGGUCAAACAACUUGGUGAGGCCCUCAUGGUCCAGUUUCUCCCCGAUGAAAACCAGUUCUUGUCGCCGGUCGCCCCAGGGUCCCGAAAAGUCGGCAAGGAUGCUCUUUCGUGUCUCAGCACCCUCUGGCCAGUCAGCUGGUAACACUGUCAGUAACCAUGAUUUCCAAGAACGUACACCGCCUCAUACCGUCAUCGAUGGUGCAGAACCAAGGCCCGCCGCCCUGCAGGGUAAGCAUGGUGCCAGCCUGGCUCCAUUCCCCGUGGAGAUUCGGCCGGGUCGCAAGCCAGAAGAACCCUUUGGACCGGAGCAGACCCUUGAACACAGGAUCCUUGUUUUUGUUUGCUGCUACAAACUACGGUUGGAGCUCAAUUAGCAUACGGUGAGUUUUGAAGGGAUUGCUGCUGACUUACCUUUGGAUCCAUUGCUUUGGAGAAGUCGUUUUCUUCAUCUUCAUCUUCCAUUUCGACAUCCGACUCACUCUCGUCUUCCCAUUCGUCGCUACCUUCUUGUGAAGGGUUUUCAUCGUCACUGCCCUCAUUUUCCUCCUCUUCUUCCUCCUCUUCCUCGUCAUCUUUGUCAUCUCCGUCUUCCUCGUCUUGGAUUUGACCUUCCAUCAAGACGAACUUGUCAUGGAUAAGCUUAUAUAGUCGCUUGGGGUUGAAUGGUCUCCUGGCGCGGUACACGAAGCUGGAGAUACCAUACCUGCGUGUGGAGGUGAGUAAUUUGCAGCACAGCAGGUAUGGCCUAACGGCUAAGAAACACUCACUCUUCUGUCUCGGGCUUGGGUGCAAUCUUGAUCUGUCCGUUGAUCUCGCGCUUGGCCAAGUCGUGCAAGCUCCGAAGCCAGCCCAUGCCCGUGGCAGCUUUCUCGAAAGAAAAGCUCUUGGUGUCGAUCACUUCCUUGACAUCGACCUUGCCAUAAUUGGCCUCGAAAAGCCUGGCCGAUGGGUUCAAUUGUUUGACAAUGGCGUGGAUUCGUUUUCUCGUCUCCUCGUCCACGCUGUCGAUCUUGUUGAGGAUAAUGGAGUUUGCGAACUCACUUUAUCAAGCGUUAGCCGAGUCAAUGUCACACAACAACGGCAUCACCCACAUUUGGUCGACCAUCAGGUCAGUCACCGUACGCUCGUCCUCGGGGUCCACGUUCUCCUUGCCCCAUCGUUCCGUGAUGAAGUCUGUGGUGGAGAAGUUGUGGAAGAAAUUGAAUGCGUCAAUCACGGUGAUCAGGGUGUCGAGUUUGACAAUCUUGUGCAAGCCUCCCAACUCCGCGCUGCGAUCAUAACCUUUUCAUCCUGCUCUUGUUCAGCAAGAUUUCCAUCUUUGGCGGCUUCGAUCAUGGCCGCAGCAAACUCCUCGGUGAAGGUCUCGGCGACCUGCAUGGGCUCACUAAUGCCUGUGCUCUCAAUGAGGAUGUAAUCACAGUUUCCAUCCUUGGCCAGCCUUGCCAGCUCCUCAAGAAGAUCGCCUCGCAGAGUACAGCAGAUGCAGCCGUUCUCCAUCUGGAUCAGACGUUCUUGAGUCUGGGAGACUACGUGUCUCUUGAUCAAGGAGACAUCGAUGUUUAGGGCCGCCAUGUCGUUGACGAUGACGGCUAUACGAAGGGAAUGCUGGUCCGAGGUCAGGAUAUGUCUAAGAAGGGUGGUCUUCCCACUUCCCAGAAACCCUGACAGGAGGGUAACUGGGAUGGGCUGUCGGUCAAUGGUUCCCUUGGCCAUGUUGCGAGUCUUCACUGCCAUUCUUUUGUUCAAGCGUGCGAGAGAUGGAAAGAACAGCCAACGAUCAGAGAAGAACUUAAAGACACGACUUGAAGACGAUAGUCAGGAAGAAAUUUUCAUUCUACUUUGCACAGUACGGUACGCUGGGGCACUUCUACGGGUCUGGAUGCAGGCCAGUGCCAGUCAAUGUUGGUGAGGCCGCUGCACAUUGCUAAUCGUCUGCCUUUGAGUGGAUUGAGGACCUUAAGACAUGGAUGGAAGAUUGGUGUCAUCUGGCUUUUGCCCUCCCAUUGGCCCGUCAAGCGACUUAAGAGGAUACAGGGUGUCUGACCAUGCGAGGUAUCCCGGGAGUUUCAACGGCAACGGAAUCAACGUAUCUCACGAGUCUUCUGGUCAUUGUAUGCGCGAGUGUUCUUGAUGCAGGACGGAGGUGAGUUGCCAAAAGAAGUUAGCACGAGAAAUGGAAGGGACCGGGACGUGUGAUUCGAUGCCAAGACCGUCGACAACGACUUGUCACGUGACUCGGAUCUUUCACGUGAUGCCGUCAUUUGAACUCGAAUCCAUCAGGCUGUGACGCCCCGGAACCACCCUCAGCUCUGCCUCUCGGCCAGUGUCCUGUCUGCCGUCUUCGGGAUCUCGAACCUCAUUCCUCGCUUGGGCUUUUGUUCCACUACUUGAACCAAGGCGGCUCUAGGCACAAAUCGAGUUGGUCACGCUACGAUAUCGGAACUAUCAAUCGAUCGCCUUCUGAGGACCUUACAAUUAGCAGCCUCUUGCUGCUUCUGACCCAAUCGCAGCAGUCUCAGUUCGAGCGAUUGCAGAAAUACAUCUUCUCUUUUCGUACAUUUUGGUCUUGGAAGAGCCGCCACCGGCGACAUGCAACAUUUUAGAACCAUGAUUGAGAGCAAAGAAGAUUCUCUCAACUCAAGGUCCUCACUUUAUCAGAUGAAUCGCCACAGGUACUUAUAGGCCGGGGAAAUUUCUCCUGAAUUGAUCCACCAUCACUACCCCUGCAGAAAGCUCGGCCUGUCUUGUUUGAAGCUUAAUAGGCAUAAGCCCAUUUAAUCAAAUCUUAUCACGCGAUCAAAGCAAAAAUGACACACCUCAGUCGCAGCCUUCAGGCCUUGGCCUGUCUUGUGCCAUGUUUCAUCAUGGGCGCACUGGCCCACCGCCCACACGUGGAUGACGGGACACACACGUCCAUCGCGAACGCAUGGGAGUUUCCGGACACGACCAUUGCACGCGUCUACCUGACUUACUUUGACUGCCCGUCCGUUGCCGUCUGGACUAAAGUCAACAUCACCAACACGACCGCACCGCUGACCGUCGGCGUCGGGAUCCCCAACGCAACCGCACAACUUGACUACCGUCCAUCGCUGUGGGCGAUAGGUCAGAACCUCAUCAUCCCAGACGACUACCAAAACGACAGCGACCGCAACGUCGGCGACUCGCAGGUGGCUAAGGGACCCAGAGUGCCCCGAGGAUACACUGCCAUUGAAUAUCCGUCCGAAGGCAGCACGGUGUGGCAGCCUUUCAGGGAGGAGGCCCAUGACGAGAGCGGGUAUGGGUUCCUAAGGGCAAAGAUCCAGGUCAGCCAGCCAGGCAUGGUUUACUUGGUCCUUCAGCCACUGGAAAACAGACGCGCCCGUGCUUUUAUUUCUAUGGGAACCGAUGAGACCGCUGCCAAAGAGGCCGGUUCGCCAAAGGAUGUCGAUUAUCUCGCUUGGUUUUCUGAAACCUCCCUGCCCCGUCUGGGCGAAUACUGCGAGCCUUGGUCGGAGUGAUUGCAAUUAUACACGGUACAUCGCGGUCUCUGGCGUCAUAUAAUAUAAUUACAGCAACAGCCAAAAAAAAAAAAAAAAAAAAAAAAAAAAAAAAGGCUCCUGCGUGGCACUGAGGCGCUCCUUAUCGACAAAAGAAGUCAAAAGGGAAAAAGGGGUCUCCAAUAAGAUAUAGCCCAGAAGAAAAAAAGAGGCAAUGUCAGCAUACGAGAGACAGACAAAACAAGACAAGCCGAGUACAUAAUAUAUACAUAGUACAUACUAUAUAACUAGCAUAAAUAAUCAUCGUGGGUUCUCUCCCUCUUUUCGUACUCGGCUGUUUAAAAGCAGCCUCAUAGAGGCCCAUGAUCACCAGGUGCCUCGGCAGAUACAGACAGACAGAGAGAGAGAGAAAGAAAGAGAGAGAGAGAGAGAGAGAGAGAG